CAGACCUGAACUACUAGCUGUACAGUUGUCCAUCACACUAUGAGGGGGGACUUGAGAAUUCCUGUGUACAGUAACCCUCAUGUAUAGACAUAGUUUUUGGUCAACUUGUACUUUUGGCUCAAGUUGUCAAAAAGGUCCGCAGCCGUUGCCACACCGCGGCCACGGCGGACUUUACUUGUUGCUUCUUGGUAUUGUUUGUGUUGGUGUUCCGGUUCACCGGUUUAAGUGUUAUUGAAGUUGCUGGCAACCUAAUUGAUUGUUUUAAUCGUCUACUUUGCCAGCAAUGCAUGUAGGUCACACGUGUGGAAAGAGCUGUUACAGACACGGUGUUGGAAUGAUCUUCAUUCUGAAAUCGCUGGGCUUCCGUUGAGCUCAGCACGGGCCGCUGCUUGGAGGCGCAGGUUACGUCGAGCGCGCCGCGUGCAACACCGACGACGACUCAAGUGUUGGGACGCUUGCGCAAUCCAUCGCAGAAGUCCUCAUCUUCCAGCAUUGACGCACUCAGGAAGCUUCCCAGGCAAAAGCCCGUCGGACGGCGCUCGGCUCCGACGACCGUACCGAAGGCGAAAGCCAAGAGCCAGAUUCGACCCGACCAUCUUUAAGCCCGGCCUUUGAGCAGGACGUCCAACGUCCUCUAUGGCAUCGUGGCAAGGACCCGUUUCUUUUCCACCCGCGGCUGAACAAGAGAUUGGAGUCUACGAGCCCAAAGAACAACUUCAAGAACACGGGCAAGAACAACCGCAGCCGAGUUGACGUUCUUGCGACUUUUGCUGGAGCUGCCAGAAUCAGCAAAAGAGCUGCCAAGUCUGGCCCAAAGGCGACUGAGCCAACGGACUUGUUAUUGAAGAGAUGCAUGCUGAGACCGAGGAUCACUUGGCGCAGCGGCGCUUCAUCAGGUACAGGGCAGGUUGGGAUGAUCCCGCGCACUGACAGUGGCGGAACCUCCAGCAAUCAGAGCCUUGAUUGGAACCUUGGCCGCUUCAAGAGAGCAUGUCGCAGCACACUAGCGGUCGCUAGCGCUUAAAGCAUCAUCAGAGUUUAAAUGUUCAGUGUGCCUCAGCAGCGUAUUUCUUGGAGUUCCUGUUCACCGGCUUGGAAAAGGCACACGUUUUCGGCCGCGGACAGCAAAGCCUGUGCGAUUGCAUGGGCGGCUAUCCAAACUCGGAGGGCCGUAGAAACUUGGUGAAUAUACGGUCGUUGCACGAGUUUGUGAUUGCAAGGGCUGUUCACAUGUGGGAGAUGGCUGGUGCUGUCACGAAUGUCAGCAAGUUUUGCAACACACUACCUACCUUUGAUUGUGCUGUGGGAGAUCAAGCACAAAAUGCAUUCCAGAGUGAAUUUAGCGUGUGUUGGCACUACCAGCCAGGCACUGCCACCAUCGACUGAUCUCAUUGUGUGGCUGUUUUCACAUGUUUUCAACCUCAGGUUCCCGAACCCCAUCAUGACUGAAAGUCCGCCAUGACUGCGCUUGAUUUUGAAACACCCCUACACACAUGUUGAAACACAUGUAUUUGUUGAAGGUUCAUGGCAGCGGCAGGGUCAGUCAAAUCCGACAGUUGAUUGUCAGACUUCUAGCUAUAAGAGUUGUUCGCAGGCACCUUGGACUUGCCACUACCAAGGCCACGCCACGAUCGGCGCAAGGUUUUGGUGGCGAGGAGCUGCGACAAGUCAAGAAGGUGGAACAGCAGUACAAGACCAAAAAGGGUUUGAGGAGCACUACAGAUGCAGUCCGCUUCUUCGAGAAGGCUGCCAGCUGCCGUGAGAAGGGUGAUUUGCAAACCGCCAUCCAGCAUUAUCGAAAGGCCAGGGUGGCCAUCGGGAAGGCUUCCGGCAAGGGCAGCAAAGAUUAUGCCCGAGUUUGCAACGAUUUGGCCCAGACCUACUUUGAAGUGGGCCGUCACAACAGAGCCAUGGAGCUACUUGAAGAGUCGAGGACUGCAUUUGCCACAGCUGUUGGUGAGGAACAUGUCGAGUACGCAGGCUGCUUGCAAAACUUGGCGCGCGUGAAGUUGAAACUCAAUUUCGUCGCUGAGGCGGAGGCCUUGUACAAGAAGGCCUCAAAAAUCUAUGCGGGGGACCUAGGAGCCAAUCACAUGGCCUACCUUGACAGUCUCAGGAGUCUGGCCAGCCUGUACCAAAGUGUCGGGCAACCUGAUAUGGUUCGACCGCUGUUACUCGAGGAGCAACGGGUGAAGACACUUGCAGCCCAACUUGGCCAUCGGGCACAGUGACGAAAAGA